CCUUGUAUUUUUCUUCCGUUUCCCUUCUCAUUUUCCCACUAUCCAAACACUGGAAAGCUCUUCCAAAUCUCUUUCCCCGCAAGAAGAUUAACGCAGAAGCUCAUCACAUCUCGAAUCUCUCUCCCAUGGCGACGCUUUUAGCUUAUUCCCAGGCGAAGUUUCACCACCAUGGCGCCUCAGUAUCGCUGGCGCCGCCGAGUUCGCCUUCGUCGAGGGCGGUGUCAAUGGUGGGUCCGAGCAGAGCCGGGUCAACUAGGCUUCGUUCUGCUUUCGUGGGCCACAUCGGACAUGACCUGAGACGGGUUGUAUCCGGAUCCGGAUCAUGGAAAACGGGUCGGUGCAGAUCGUUCGUGGUGCGAAUGUCGUGGGACGGUCCGUUGGCUUCAGUCAAGUUGAUCAUUCAAGGAAAAAACCUCGAGUUAACAGAAGCAGUGAAGCAGCAUGUGGAGGACAAGGUAGGGAAAGCUGUACAGAAGCACAGCCAUCUCGUGAGGGAAGUCGAUGUUAGGCUCUCUGUGCGGGGCGGCGAGUUUGGGAAAGGCCCGAGAAUUCGGAGAUGCGAAGUGACGUUGUUUACAAAGAAGCACGGAGUUGUGCGGGCAGAGGAAGACACCGACACAGUAUACAGUUGUAUAGACUUGGUAUCAUCAAUCAUACAGCGGAAACUGAGGAAGAUCAAGGAGAAGGAGUCUGACCAUGGAAGGCACAUGAAGGGUUUCAACAGGUUGAAGGUGAGAGAGCCAGUGGCUGAGGCCAUUGUGGAGGAAGACGAUGAUGUUGCUAUCCCAAUCGCUCAACAACAAGAACAAGAAGAAGAUUUGAUCGAUGAGAUUGUUCGUACCAAGUUCUUCGAGAUGCCACCUUUGACUGUCGCCGAGGCUAUUGAGCAGCUGGAAUUGGUGGAUCAUGACUUCUAUGGCUUCCGGAAUGAAGAAACCGGAGAGAUCAACAUAGUGUACAAGAGAAAAGAAGGAGGGUAUGGUCUGAUAAUUCCCAAGGAAGAUGGGAAGGCCGAGAAGGUGGAGCCUUUAGCAACUGAACCAGUGAAGGAAUCCUCUUUAGCUGAAUAAGGUUGUCCCCAUUUGAACCCAAAUAGUUCCUUUUCGCCGGUCUUGGAAUUAGGGUUCUUGAGUAAAUGUAGAGUGUUCAGGAGACGGACAGUGUACAUAUUGGCAUCGGCUGAUUCCCUCGUAUCUCCUAAAAAAAACUCAAGGAAUGUUUUGAUU